AAGAAGAAUACUAGAACAAAUUACAGUCCUCAACAAGUCCGAUCAUUAGAAAAAAUAUUUUUGGAUACGCCAUACCCAGAGCCUGAAGUAAUGGAACAGUUGUCUCGAGAUCUGGAUAUUCCCGAGAAAAACCUGAAGAUUUGGUUUCAAAACAAGCGUGCCAGAUGGAGGAAGCGA